AUGGGAAGCGUCUGUCUUCCUCAGCUGCCCGAUGCUUGUGCGAACCUUGCGGGCUUAAGCGAUGUUGCGAAUUUGGCCACCAAUGUAGCAGAUUGCUCCUUUCAGCUAGGACCAUUCGUGGCCGGGAACACACUCAACUGCCUGCAGGGCGGUCUCGUCAACGGGGACGAAAUCCUCGCCUGCUUGAGCGGUACCCUUGGCUUUGGCUUGUCGGAUUGCGAACCUGCUGCGCCGGCAUGCGUAUCAGCCUUGCCUCCAGAUUGCAAUCUGCUCAGCAACUUCAACGGAUUCGACUUGCCCUCGAAAUUGCAAGGCUGCGUCGCAAGCAUUGGUUCAGGGGCUGCUGAUAUUGCCAGCAAGUGCCUCAGCCUUUCUUCCAUCCUGUCGACCACCAUGGGCAGCAGCAUCACGGACUGUCUCCUCGAUGUGCUCAAGGGCGUGUGCAUGCCGACUCUUCCAGACGCGUGCCUGAGCCUCAUCAGCCUCAACGUUGGUCAACUGACGACGCAACUGCCGCAGUGCAUCGCUGCCUUGGGGCCGUUUAACAGCGGGGGCGUGCUGAACUGCUUCACCAACCCGACUUCGGGCCCGGGGAUCGUGCUUUGUCUGAACAAGGAGAUUUUCGGCUUGCCGGCUCUUGGAAGCUUGGCAGGACUUGUCGGCUUGCCAAGUCUUGGUGGCUUGCCGGUGCCGGGUCUUGGUGGCUUGCCGAGUCUUGGUGGCGUGUCGAGCCUUGUUGGCGUGCCGAGUCUCGGUAUUUUACCGUAA